GGUCCCACCGCAUUUUCGUCCGUUUUGUCGAUCGAACGCACGUCGCGGUUCUUCGGCGAACGUUCUCGCCUUCGUUCGCUCGACCGUUGCGCCCCCACCUCGAGGAUAUUCACUCGUUCCGUCGACAGAAUUUUCCGUCCCGUCGAUGUGUCUUGGUCGAUACACUGGCUGAUUCAUUAGUAUUUGCUUCAGUUCCGUGUUAGUUAUUUUAUCGAGUGGUCGAUUUCCAAGGAAUUUAUUCAGAGUAUCGGUCAAACUCUCUAAAGUCUCGUUGACAAAGAAAACCGAAGGGGAUACCGAGGAUCCGAGUCAAGUAACACUUGUUACGAUCGAACAUAACAUGUUGACCAAAUGGGAUAAUAUUCCGUCUCUGAAACUCGGCGACUACACGCUCGAGUUCGAAAUAUCACCGCCUGGCCCGGAAUUGCAGGAAGUAGCGAAAAAGGAACUUCGCGAGACGCCAGAAAUUCAAAAUGAAUCGAUCGUUCAACUUAGGGAAUUACUGAAAGCUGAAACCGACUUGAAGUGUCCUCUGGAGAACGAUGCCUGGCUGAUUCGGUUCCUCAGGCCGUGCAAAUACUAUCCAGAAUCAGCACUGAAACUCGUGAAGAAUUACUACAGUUUCAAAAUAAAGCACGCAGACAUGUACGAUAAUCUGAAACCCAGCCGAGAGAGGAACAUAUUCGAGCACAAUAUUUUGACCGUGCUGCCGAACCGAGAUCAACAUGGACGAAGGAUACUAAUCAUCGAGCUUGGGAAAAAAUGGAAGCACAACAAGUGCUCUUUGGACGAGGUGUUCAAAGGUUGCGUUCUGUAUGUGGAGGCUGCUAUGUUGGAGCCAAAUACGCAAAUCGCUGGUGCCGUAGUUGUUUUCGAUAUGGAUGGACUCACUCUUCAGCAGGCUUGGCAAUUCACUCCUGCGAUCGCGAAAAGGAUAGUCGAUUGGCUGCAGGACGCAGUACCUCUCCGAAUUAAGAAUAUUCAUAUUAUUAACCAACCGUACGUGUUCAACAUGGUGUUCGCGUUGUUCAAGCCGUUCUUAAGGGAGAAGCUGAAGAGUAGGCUGAUUUUCCACGGCACAGAUCGCAAAUCGUUCCAUCAAUACAUCUCGCCAAAAUGUUUGCCCGCCUGUUACGGUGGAACGCUACAACUUCCACGUGUAACGGGAUCACAGUGGUUGGAAUUGUUACUAAUGUGCGAUAAAGAAUUUGACGCAAUCAACUCGUAUGGUUAUAAAAAAUAAUUCAUGCGCUUCGGUACGCCUCCAAAAUGAUGGAAAAACGAUCGUUCGAUCGAAAAUCGAUAUUUAAGCAAAGACGCUGGCUGUGGGUUCUUCCGACAAAGUAGUAAUCCAGAUUCGACAUAUAGUCUAGUUAAUUGCUUAUUUAUAAAUGAUUAUAAUAGGUAAUUUUUAGUUACGUCUCUUAACUGAGAGCGUUAUUAACUAAACUUUUGUAAAAAGAAUGGAAAGGUAGUAGACAAAUUGUUUUAGUUAAUUAGUUGCACAGUUGUGGAUUUAUCGUUCUUUUUUACUGUAAAAGAUAAAUAAUCGAGUUAUCAGGAUUUUAUACGUUUUAGAUUAGAAUAAUUUUGUAUGAUAUUAAAUCGAUAUUUAUGGUACUAUAUUUCAUCCUAUUUUCGUAUUAUUUUAAUAUGUACUUCGAUGUAUUUUUUUUUAAACGAUAUACUGUCAAACUUGUCAAAGGUGAAAUACGAUUUAUAUUUAGUGUUGUUAACUUAAUUACUUAACUUAAAGUUCCCCAAAACUUCAGAAGAAUCUACCAGCUGAUAUGUUUCGUAUAAGUUAAGUUAUCAACAUGUUGAUUAAUUUAUUGUUAAACAAAGUGGGUUUAUCGCAAGGUUAUACACUUGUAAAAUAUGUACUUAAUGCGCAUUAAAAAAAAACUAAA